GUGAAAUGUUUUGAAAAAAAUCAAAAUUGGACGGUAAAUAAAUUCUCCAUUAAUGAUUCCCAAAUAGUGAAAUACACCCUUCAAGUCUUCAAGCUUGAAAAAUAGGAAGUGGGUCGCAAAAAGAAGAGAGAAUUUUCCUUUAAAUAUCAGUGUCACUUCUUCUUCUUCUUCUUCAAUCUGCGAAUCUCCAAACCAAAACACAGCAAGCUAUAUACACCGCCAUGGCCACUGAGGAGGUCAACACCAGCAAGAAGCUUCACGUAGUGAUGUUCCCAUGGCUAGCUUUCGGCCACAUGAUUCCGUUCUUGGAGCUUUCCAAGCACAUCGCCUCCCGUGGUCACGCCGUCUCAUUCAUUUCCGACCGGCGAAACAUCGACCGCCUCCCCAAACUCCCUCCCCACCUCUCCUCCCUCAUCACCUUCGUCGAUCUCCCCCUUCCGCCGCUCACAAACUUGCCGGCAAACGCCGCCGCCACCUCCGAUUUGCCCUACGACAAAGUCAAGUACCUCAAGCUCGCCAGCGACCGCCUUCGAGAUCCGGUGGCCAGAUUUCUUGAAAACUCUUCCCCCGAUUGGGUUUUAUUCGAUUUCGUUUACUAUUGGAUUCCCUCCGUCGCGUCUCAGCUGGGGAUUCCGACCGCUUUCUUUAGCAUUUUCACAGCCUCCGCAUUGACAUUCUUUGUGGGGAGGUUGGAGGAUGCCAAGCUCCGGACUAAACCGGAAGAUUUCGUGGUGCCGCCGCCGUGGGUCCCGUUUGAAUCCACCGUGGCUUUGAAGCUAUUCGAGAUUAUGAAGAUCAUCGACCUGGCGGAGGAGGACGAAGACGGCGUUUCCGAUGUGAUUCGGGCCUCUAGGAGCGCCCAACACUGCGAUUUUCUGGCCGUGAGGGGGUGUGUGGAGUUUGACUCCGAGUGGUUUGAGCUUAUGAAGGAUAUUCACAGGAAACCCGUCUUACCCGUCGGCCAGCUGCCGACGACGGAUAACGCCGCCGACGGAGGCGCUUCGUGGCCGGAAACGAAAGCGUGGCUCGACAGGCAAGCCGCCGGCUCAGUCGUCUACGUUGCGUUCGGGAGCGAGGCGAAACCGAGUCAACUCGAAAUCACCCACAUCGCGCUCGGACUAGAGCGGUCCGGGUUCCCGUUCUUCUGGGUUCUGAGGACUAGACGGGGGGAGGCCGACACGGACUCGACCCGCCUCCCGGACGGAUUCGAGGAGCGGACCGGAGGGCGCGGGGUCGUGUGCACGAGCUGGGCGCCACAGCUGAAGAUACUGAGUCACGACUCGGUGGGCGGGUUCCUGACUCACUCGGGGUGGAGCUCGGUGGUGGAGGCGGUACAGUUCGAGAAGCCGCUGGUGCUUCUGACCUUCCUGGCGGACCAGGGGCUGAACGCGAGGGUUCUGGAGGAGAAGAAGAUGGGGUACUCCAUACCCAGAGACGAGCGAGACGGGCGAUUCACGAGCGAGUCCGUGGCCGAGUCACUGCAGCUGGUGAUGGCCGGAGAAGAAGGGAAGAUCUACAGGGAGAAAAUCAAAGAGAUGAAGGGAGUGUUCUGUGACAGGGGUAAACAAGACGGUGCGGUCGAUGAUUUGUUAAGUUAUCUGCAGAGCCAUGAUAAGAAAGAAGAAGACAAGAGAGAUUCGAUAGAGCAUAUUUGAUCGUCUUCUUCGAAUUGUUGAAAUUUGUACGGAGUAAUAAAAGUUUCAGAGGACAGCCAUGGGUGGGUGGCUGGCAGCCACUUCUCUUCUUCACUCAUUUAUUGUUUGAUUUGUUUCCACUUUCCAUGCAACUUUUAGAAAAGUUGGAACUUUUAUUUUGCAUUUCACAACAAAUUUCAAAAGGUCUGGUCUUUUUUUUAAUUUGGUCUUGUCUUUUUUAUUUUCACAAAAAUACCAAGUUAUAAUCCGAAUUAUACCCAUGCCUUAUUUUGUGGAACUAAUUUUAAGUAGUUUCAAAAUAUUGGAGUAAAUAAUUUGGAGUAAACUCCCGGUAUAUGUAAGAAAAUUAUAAAGCAUUC